UAUUGAGCAUUAGUCAGUAGCGCUUUGAAAUAACUGUAGUUACAGGCAGCUCAUUUUGGCAUGUCGGGUCACUUCACUGUGUCGAAUGUCUGAAGCUGUUGCUGCCUUCUAACCGCCUGGCUUUGGCUUUAAUAUUAUUAGCUAAUAAUAAGUAAUAUAUGUGCAUGCUAACAUGGGCUCAGUUAAGCACAGGGGCUGCUGAAGAGACCGGUUGCUGCAAGAUUUUACUCAAGUAGGGUUUUGCUGUAGGCAGCAGAGCUAUAAUGCACAUUUGAAGACCACUUCAUCGCAUGGGUAGUGGUUUGCAUUGGCAUACUUCUGUCUUUUGAAGUUGUGAAAUCUAGGUCAAGCAAGGCUACUAUCGUAUGCUGACCCCAUGGUUUAAUCACCAGGACUAAAAAUGAGCAUAAGCAGUGAUGAGGUCAAUUUCCUGGUUUAUAGAUAUCUGCAAGAAUCUGGCUUCUCACACUCAGCAUUCACCUUUGGCAUAGAAAGCCACAUCAGCCAGUCCAACAUCAAUGGCGCCCUGGUUCCCCCUGCAGCCCUCAUCUCAAUCAUCCAGAAGGGCCUGCAGUAUGUAGAGGCUGAAGUCAGCAUCAAUGAGGAUGGGACCUUAUUUGAUGGGCGGCCUAUCGAGUCGUUGUCUCUGAUCGACGCUGUAAUGCCAGAUGUCGUCCAGACCAGACAGCAGGCCUACAGGGACAAGCUUGCCCAGCAGCAGGCGGCAGCUAGCAGUGGCACAGGACCCCAGGGAAGCACUAAGAAUGGAGAGGGCUCUGCCAAUGGAGAGGAAAACGGAUCCCACACCUUAGCCAAUCACCACACAGAUGUGAUGGAGGUUGACAGGGAUGUCGAGAUCCCCCAAAGUAAAGCCAUGGUUCUCAGGGGCCACGAAUCCGAAGUUUUUAUCUGUGCCUGGAACCCAGUGAACGACCUCCUUGCCUCUGGCUCAGGGGAUUCAACUGCACGGAUCUGGAACCUGAGUGAGAACAGUACAGGCGGGUCCACGCAGCUGGUACUGAGGCACUGCAUACGGGAAGGGGGCCAGGACGUACCCAGCAACAAAGACGUCACCUCACUGGACUGGAAUAGUGAAGGAACGUUGCUAGCAACAGGCUCAUAUGAUGGCUUUGCUAGAAUAUGGACAAAAGAUGGUAACCUGGCCAGUACGCUGGGUCAACAUAAAGGUCCUAUAUUUGCACUUAAGUGGAAUAAGAAAGGCAACUUCAUUCUCAGUGCUGGUGUAGACAAGACAACAAUUAUUUGGGAUGCACACACAGGCGAGGCAAAGCAACAGUUUCCUUUCCACUCAGCACCUGCUCUAGACGUAGAUUGGCAGAGCAACAACACGUUUGCCUCCUGCAGCACAGACAUGUGCAUUCACGUGUGCAAGCUCGGUCAGGACAGACCUGUCAAGACCUUCCAGGGACACACGAAUGAGGUGAAUGCCAUCAAGUGGGAUCCGACUGGUAGCCUGCUGGCCUCGUGCUCUGAUGACAUGACACUGAAGAUCUGGAGUAUGAAGCAGGACUCGUGUGUCCACGACCUCCAGGCCCACAGUAAAGAAAUCUACACAAUCAAAUGGAGCCCAACAGGCCCCGGGACCAACAACCCCAGUGCCAACCUCAUGCUGGCCAGUGCAUCAUUUGACUCAACGGUGCGUCUGUGGGAUGUGGACCGUGGAGUGUGUAUACACACACUAACUCGCCACCAGGAGCCCGUCUACAGUGUGGCCUUCAGUCCAGAUGGAAGGCACCUUGCCAGCGGUUCCUUCGACAAGUGUGUUCACAUCUGGAACACUCAGACGGGUGCUUUAGUCCACAGCUACAGGGGGACAGGAGGGAUAUUUGAGGUGUGCUGGAAUGCAACAGGGGACAAAGUAGGAGCCAGUGCGUCUGAUGGAUCGGUAUGCGUAUUGGACCUGAGGAAAUGACACGUGUCUAGGGGAGCCAUGGACCGACUACGAAUGUGUACAUAGCCAAAAUGACUGAUUGUCCCUGCCUGUUUUCCACACUGCUGUAGUCUUGUCACAUGCCAUGGCCCGUGAUCACACCCAAACCCCUCUGCCACAUGCAAUUGUUAUGCGCUUGCGUCAGACGUACAACAGGUCUGUAUGGACACAUGCGUUGCUCUCACAGACCUCCAAGAAGAAACCAUUCAGUUGUUUCUCAGUACUAAACUGUUGGACACAUCCCACACAAACCAAAACACCAGGAUUUUUCUUUCUUUCCUCUUUUUAUCCUUUGUACCAGAAUUAUAAAAUGUUUUGUUCUGUGUUGGUGUGUGCAUAUUGCAUAUGUCAGCAUUUGAUGUCCUGUGGACACAUGUUUUGAAUUUGGAUUUUACUGAUCUCUAGGUUUUAUAUUACAUGGGGGUGGGAGAGAAGAGACGGGGGAGUUUGAGAGUUGUUCGUUUUCUUACAUCUAUUACUUGGCGCGCUCUACGAAUCCAAACUGCAAAAAACUCAGAAGGUAAAAUAGUUUAUAAAGUUGUCAUCUCAGUUUGUAUUCAUUUUUCUAAAGUAUAAAGCAAGGCUAAACUGUCCUUUUUUUGUAUUUGCAACUUCUAUCCUUAAAUGGAUUUCAGGUGUUCACAAUUCAUCAGGUUAAUAUAAAGAAUUUAAAUCCUGUAGGCUGAAAGAUAUGAGCUGUUAAAUACAUGCUGAGCUCAUGUUCUGACCAUGUGCCAGGUACAACAUCAAUGCUGUUAUGAGGUCAGCUUCAUUCUCUUUGAGAAUGAGUUCAUCCUGGAUUUAAGCUUACAAAACCAGUGGCCAUGUUUUUUUUUUUUUUUUUUUUUUUUUUUUCCUUUUACCAAUAGGGAGACAACUUACAGUUAUAGCCACCUUCCUUCCUAGAGUUGGUUUGACGUCUAUUGGGAGUGGAGAGAGAGAGAGAGAGAGAGAGAGGAAUAUGGGAAAGCUGGAAACAUCAUUGGUUGCGUUUGUCCGAUGUAAAUAGCCUGUUACCAUUCAGUACCAAGAUCAACAUUAUCUGAAGUCUGUCUAGAGACUUGGGGUCUUCAGUUGCACCUUCUUAACAUAACCCAGAAUUUGUUUGCCUCAUGCCAUCACUGGCUUAGUCAUUUUGUCUCAUUGAGUGUCGGCCUAAAACGUUCAGUCUGUAACCUGCAGGUAAAACACUACAGUCCCUCGUUUUAGUUCGCUGUUGUCACGUUGCCCUGCGUUUACGCACGCACACAGGAGACGGGCUGCGUAAGGCCUAUGCCAGAUAGUCAGCGCUCCUUUUUGUAGUGUUCAGCGUAACAGACCUGCUACAUAUGACAUGAUGUUACAAAGCAUCUGCAUAUACUAUACAUAUAAAUAUAUAUCUGUUCUAUCACAGGGAUUCUUUUAUAUGCCACUCAUGCUAAGGUUGGGUUUUAAGGAUCUUUGAAAAUGCUUGACAAACAGUAUCUUAUGUUGUUGUGCAUCACAAUAGGUUGUGUUUGAGAAUUUCUAAAAAAAAAACAAAAAAAAAAACAAUAAAAUACCAUUAAACAGUCAUAGUGUAAUAAUAGUGGCCUAUUUUUCUGCACUUUAGGUUAAACCUGCAGAGCCAGAGACGUGUGCUUAAACACAUCUCAGGCUUCAAAGCUUGUAAAGAUAAGCAAUGAUGCAGAAAGUGGGCAGAGCCCCUCUAUUGAAGUCGCACCCAGCCAAUGCCUUCUUUCCAGGUCUGUUCGUAUCCAUAACCAAGAUGCAAAGGCUAAAAAUACACACAGACUUCGCUUCAGACUUUGAUCAUAUAGUUUUAGAAAAUGUUUCGCGCUGAAGCUAUUUCUAAGUUUGUUUUAAUACUGUCGGUAGUAAUUGAAUUCCACCACAAAGACACUAGUUCAUAAAAUCUCUAUGACAGUGGAAUGGUAUUUUAUACCAGUUUGUUUGUACACUGCAUUCAAGUGUGUGCUGUGUUGGUUUGUGUGUUUUUUUUUUUUUUUUUUUUUUUUUUUUUGUUAAAUCAAUCUUGUUGGAGAACCCGUGAAGGAUUUGUACUUCUCAAAGCUUUUGUAAUUCUGAUUUAUUUGUAGUCACACACAAAGAUAACAAAUUUAAAGUUCCUGUAUGACAGAACCUGUGAAAACCAAUUUGCAGAUUUUUUUUUUAACGUGUUAUCUUUGCCCUCACAUUGAUCUCUUUCUCUCUCACUCACAUGGUUGCAGUUGCAACCUCCUGAUCUGAUUCAGAUCUCAAGGUCUAAAAUAAAAUCUAUUUUGAUAAUA